AAAAGCGAUAUUUGUGACAAGCAGUCUCUCGUUUUAUUCACAGUUGUGAAAAUGAGAUAUCUCUUGAAGCUUUUUAUUGUUAUAAUAAGUGUCUCUACAUCGUUAUUAACUUCGAAUUUUGAUCAAGCUCAAAAAGAUGAAUUCGUUAUUAAACAUAAUACUUUAAGAUCAGGAGAAGCUGGUUCAAAUUUAUUAAAAAUGCGUUGGGAUGAUACUAUAGCAGCUAAAGCUCAGGAAUUAGCCGAUAAAUGCGUUUUUGAACACGAUUUGACCUCCAAUCUAACUGGUACCUUUAGUAAUGUUGGACAAAAUAUUUUUGCUGGAUCAGGUUCUCUUGAUGUGUCGUAUGCCGUUCAAUAUUGGUUUGAUGAAAAAUAUAAUUUUACUUUCGGUAGUCCUUGCACAUGUUCAAAAGUUUGUGGUCACUAUACACAAGUUGUCUGGUCUGAAAGUUAUGCUAUUGGAUGUGGUUUCAAGGAGUGUUCCCCACUAAAAAAUAGUUCUAAUAAUGAUCUAUACGGUGGGUCCACCGCACACUUUAUUGUUUGUAAUUACGGUCCACCAGGAAAUACUCAAAGUUGUCCGUACAAUCAAGGAAACCCUUGUUCUGGUUGCGGUAUAGGCAAGACGUGUGAAACAAAUUUAUGCGUUGACACGGUAACAACAGCAGCGACAACAGAGGCAACAGAAGCAGCAACGACAGCAGCAGCAACAACAGCAGCAACAACAGUAGCAACAUCAGCUACAACAAAAGCAGAAAUUGCAACAACAGCAACAAGUCAAACAACAGCAGGAAGUGAAACAACAGUCGGAACACUGUCAACAACCGCGACUAAAGAUGCGAUAACGACAGAAGAUGGUACUACCGCCCUCGAGGGACAUACUACCCAGGAAACGACCACUGCAGUAGGUGGUGGAGGCACAACGUCCACUGUUACUUUUGUUAAGACGUCGGCGGUCACAGAUUCUACUGGCACGACUAGGAAGAUUACAAUGUCAACAGAAAAAGGCGUUACCAGUCAGAGCACACCUGUUCAAACUGAGACAGAGACUUUGGGAGGAUCAGUAACUACCAUAGGUGGAACAAAUACAGCCUCAACCCACAUAGGAGGGAAAGAAACUACUUCUUUUGUUACAACUGCGACAAAUAAGGUUACAGACAAAACAUCGACAGACGGACAAACCACAGGAAAAGCAGGUUCAAUAUCAACAAAGGCGGCAACAGCAGCGGAUAAAACAACAAAAGAGAUAACUACAAAAGUGGAAACAACAGCGUUACCCAUUACUCAGAAAACUUCAAAGACUACCGCAACAGUUAAAGAAAAUCCAACCACAGUCAAAUCGACAGAAAGUCCAACAACAGUUAAACCAACAGAAAGUCCAACAUCUACAGCCAAACAAAAAGAAACCACAACUGCUGAAGAUGUUACAACUGUGGGAAAGAAUGAUGAAACUACUAAAGCCAGAAUUCUCGUCGAACAAACAACUGUUGAUGACUCACAGCCAUGUUCAGUCUGGACUUAUCUUUGUAAAAAUGGGGGAAAAGUUUGGGCAGAAAUAAAAUCAGCUAUUAAACUGAGUGUAAAAAAGGGAGUUAAUGGUUAUUGUAGAGAAAAUGUUCACGAAUGUUGUCCUGACAUCGCGCAAACUGAACGCUACGCUUCAACUUUGUUGGCCUUCACUGGUGAGGAUGGAGUAAAGAUUGCAGAUGGAUAUCCCGAAGAAAAGAGUCCUGGUUUGCACGUAAUGAUUUUUAUAGAAGUAGAAGAAACGAACGAAUUAUGCCUGGAAGCCUUAAAGAAUCCGACACGAAGAAAGAGAGCAACUACAAAAAUAGUUUUGCCCCAGGAAACUUUACAAAAAAUUUUGGAAAAAUAUACGGGAAGCAUUAAUCAAACCCUUCUUAAUAACACAAAUGCAUCUUUAUCGAGUAUUGAUAAACCCACAUUGGAGAAAGAUAUUGAAAAAGAAGAGGCAUCAAAUGCUAUUAUCUAUGUGAUGGUUACGAUUAGCAUUGUUGUUCCAUUGAUUAUCGCUGUCAUCGUAGCUUUUCUCUGUUAUUGGCAACAAAAGAAAAAAGGAUUAGUUGAGAAAGACGCUUUAUCUACUGAAUACGCAUCGGAUGUACCAACUAUACGAAAAAGAAUGGACCCAUAUAGUAGAUCGUAUUUGUUUGGACGUUAAUUUGAACGUAUAUAUCUAGGGAGGAAAGGGGAAGGUGAUAAAAGUUAAAGAAUAGGCCUGGUAUUGCAGUCACUUUUCCCUUCUUAAUAUAAAAUCAGAAACAAUUGAAAAUCGAAUCUAUACGUUUCUGGUAUUGAAGAGAAGCUAAGAAAAAUACAUAAAAAUAGAAUAUAAAAG